CUGGAGGAAGAAGAUGCAAGAGUUAGCUGAGAGAUAAGAAGAAGCGGUGAGAUACAGAGAUGAGUAUGAAGUUCGUGGUGUUCUUUGUUGCUACAUUUUUGGUGGCAUCUCAAUGCUAUGGCGGUUCUUUCCGAAGCUUCCCUCUCGAAAUGCCAAACGGUUAUGGCGAUGGUGCUAGUCACGACGACGUAAGAUGCACCAGUUGGAGACUCGCUGUGGAAGCAUUAAACAUCUUAGGCUUUGAAACAGUUCCUGAAGAGUGCGUGGCGUCUACAGCAGCCUACAUCGAAGGAGGACAAUACCAAUCAGACUCCAAAACCGUUAACCAACAACUUUACUUUUUCGCUAGAAAUCUCCAAAUCCAACACAACCAUGUAGUUAUCUUCAACAUAGAUGGAACCGCACUCUCCAAUGUCGCAUACUUUUCUCAGCAUGGAUAUGGAUCGGAGAAAUUCAAUUCCACACUUUAUGACGAGUUUGUUAACAAGGGUGAUCUACCAGCAUUGCCUGAGACUCUUAAGAAUUACAACAAACUUCUGGGUCUUAGAUUGAAGAUUAUAUUCUUGAGUGAAAGACUGACUGACAAAAAGGCUGUAACUGAAGCCAACUUGAGGAAAGCUGGUUACCACACAUGGGAGAAGUUGAUUCUCAAGGACCCAUCAAACAAUCAGAGUUUAUCUGAAUACAAAAAUGCUGAGAGAACGAAGCUGGAGCAGCAGGGUUACAUAAUCAUUGCAAAUAUUGCAGACCAGUGGAGCAGUUUGAGGGGAGAUGUGAAAGCUCUCAGAAUCUUUAAGCUGCCUAAUCCCCUGCAAUUCAUUGAGUAUUGACCUCUCAUGCUCCUAUAUAUGAAAUAAGAUAUGCAUGCAGAAAUUCAAUGAGCUUGAAAUAGGAGCAUUAAUGGCUGUUAUGAUGUACGUGAACAAGUCACAUAAGAGACUCCACUACGUUGUUUUCUCUUUGUGCCUUUAAUAAAUAAACUAUGAAUCUUUUUAACGUUA